AUGGAUGUUACUAAUAGUUCUACAGUGAGUGACUUACCCAGGGCAUGGAUGUCUAUUGGCACAGCGACACGGCUAGAGAGUAUCGGAAAUCUGUGGAAGAGCAACUCAAUCUCCAAUCAGGAAUCAGCAGAAGAGAAUAGAUGUUAUUGGAGCAUUUACAUGAUUGAGGCCGUCUUUUUUCCUCACAUGCCACGAGCCCCAACCCAUGACCCGACUCGAAAAUAUCCUCCCAGUGUCGAGCCUCCGCCACCAAUUCCUCAAGAUGUCAACGAUUACAAUGCACCGGACUUCGAUAACGCCGUUGGCUCAUCUGAGGACCUAGGAAUCAACACGCAUGCCGGGAGAAUGACAGCAGUCUGGAGUCAAGUCGCUUGUCAUCUCCAUGAAAUUAGACGUGGAGAAGUUCAAAUACCCUGGCUGCCAGAGUCUACGUACUCUAAGCUCAAUCUUGCUCUUUUUGAGUAUGAGGCUCAAUUCAACCAGAGGCACCUGAUGAGGAGCCUUUUCCCUUUCAAAAGGACUCCGAUUGAGAUACAGGCAUACCGCGAGUAUUGGAAUCCAUGGUUGACCACGCAUUUAGUAUUACAUGCGUCUCUCGCCUUGUUGAACCACCCUUUCAUUCACUUGGUGGCUUUACGCCGAAAUAAAGGUAUGAGCCAGUCCAGGUUGUUCUUGCAACAGGUCGUGGACCAAGCUCUCUUUCACUCCGGAUGGGUAUUCUGGCUUGUUGGAAUAUUUGAAGAUUUGAACAUUGAGAUAUCCAACCCUCUCAUCGGAUUAGCUGUUGCAGCAACAUCAACAAUUCCCUGGCUCUACCAAUUCGUGAAGAAUGCCAAGGUUGCGUGCAAAGCCAGCCAGAAUUUAGCCAAGGGACAGAGGUUGCUGCAGCGCCUGUCCAAGACUUGGCCAUGCAUGUCACAUAAACUCGAAAGUCUCCAACGACUCCAAUCGCUUGUUAUUGGAAAGUCACCUGAAGCCGGUGCUGCAGAUACCACGAUCAACUUUCCACCUUCUAUGAUAUGGGAACUUCUAGAACCGAUCAUUCACAAUACCAGACAAUCCACAGGCCAUUCUGAUUUAUCUACCGAGGGUCUCCCUUACGUCAGUAUACACGUCACAACAGACUUCUUGCAUCCUCUAGCGGAUGACGAAGGUGAUCAGGCCUUGGGUCACUUCAAUUGGGAAGACAGCCUCAUGUAUGGGAAUGACCUUUUGCAGGACAAUUACCCGGCAUCGCUUGUUCCCUUUGAUUUCAAUUUGACUUAG